AUGACAAAAGAUUUCGGUCUCGAUGAUGCAUCCUUUUACGCUGGCAUUUUGAUCGCCUCUUAUUCCCUCUCCGAGGCGGCUUUUAGCAUGUUUUGGGGUGGUCUAUCCGAUCGCAUUGGACGCAAGCCGGUCCUUCUUAUCGGCUGCAUUGGCACAAUGCUGUCGUUACUAAUGGUCGGAUUUUCCUCAAGUUUCACUAUGGCCCUGGUGGCUAGAGUACUUGGAGGAGCACUGAAUGGCAAUAUUGGUGUCAUUCAGACAAUGGUGGGUGAAUUAGUCAAGAACCCAGCCCAUGAGCCAAAGGCAUACGCUGUGAUGCCCUUCGUUUGGUCAAUCGGGACAAUCGUCGGACCGGCAAUCGGUGGUAUGCUUGCAAACCCAGUCAAGUCAUAUCCCGAUUUCUUUUCUGGGGGCGGAAUCUUCGGCUCGUAUCCCUGGCUGUUGCCAAACCUUGUCUGUGCCGCCCUCAUGCUUGUCUCUAUCAUUGCAGGCGCACUCCUACUUCAAGAAACCCAUCCAGAUCUUUGUCAAGGAGCCGAUCCAGACAUCUACCAUGAUAUCGCUGAACACACUCCCAUGAUUGCUGCUGCAGGUGCUAACGCUGAUCCUGGCGUUGAUCUGAGACAAGAGUCCUAUGGCACUUUCAAUGAAGUUGACAUGCGCAAAAAUGAUCAGUGGCAAAUUCGUCCUGAUGGAACUUCGAGGCCCUCGUCAAUCUCCGAAAAGGCUUCUGAAAAGUGGCUGACCAAGAAAGUCGCCAUGUUGACUAUUUCUUUGGGCCUCUUUACCUAUCAUUCAAUGUGCUAUGACCACCUCCUUCCCAUCUUCUUCCAAGACAAGCCCUCCGACAACGUCUCCAUUCUUGCUAAUAGCCCAAUUGACAUCCCUGGUGGGUUAGGCUUGGGAAUUCAGACGGUUGGGCUCAUUAUGACUGUCAACGGGUUUAUCGCACUGUUCAUUCAAGCUGUCAUCUUUCCUCUCGUUGCUGAGUGGUUCGGCAUUUGGCCGCUCUUUGUCUGGACCAUAACUCUUCAUCCAGUCGCCUAUCUCAUCGUUCCUUACCUUGCUGUUUUGCCACAGCAUUUCCUCUUUCCCGGCAUCUAUUUUUGCUUAACAGUACGAAAUGUCCUCUCGAUCAUUCUCUAUCCCGUUCUUUUGAUUUUGCUCAAGCAAGCAAGUCCUUCUGCUUCCUGUCUCGGUCGUAUUAACGGUCUAGCAGCUUCGGCUGGGGCAGCUUGCAGGACGGUAGCACCACCGGUUGCAGGUUUAUUGUACGGAUGGGGCACCAAGAUUGGCUUUACGGGCCUUGCAUGGUGGGGAGCAGGUGCAGUUGCACUUGUUGGAGCCGUUCAACUGUGGUUUGUGCCGCGGCAGAGGCAUGAGAGCACCAUCGUCAAAUCCAUGUUACCUUGUCUGGAGGCUUCAGCUGAACAGCUACCUAGGGAUGUCGUUGAUAUCACGGUUGUCGACACGGAAGACAUUGCUUAA